AUGUCUACAUUAUUGUUGCACGACGAUGACGACCAGUUAUUACCUCGGAUAGAAUCCAGUUGGUCCAUUAAUAAUCUGGAUGAUGAGUCCACGGUAUUUCUCCGACGAAUCCAAAAAGGGAUCUUGUUGUUGGGGUUUGAGUUGGGAUUUCUGGUACAAGCAUCCACGGCGAAUAUCCAGUACAUUUUUACCACUUCCUUUGUGGUGUUCGACCGCACAUCUCAGUUGAUUCUCAGUUUUGUGUGGAGUUACGUGGUGGCUAUCAUGGCAUUGAUCACAUUUUAUAGCUGCCAGAGAGUCGUCUUUGCCUUUCUGCAUGACAGUGUCAUGCGACCCAAGCAUCCAUCACAUUUGCUGCAAGAUCAACGGCAUCCGCCACUUUUUUUGCGACAAUACCAAGUACUACUUUUAGAGGAUUGGAAGGUGGAAUUUCGAUGCCAGUUUGUGCAGGGAUCGUUGGUGGGUGUCUUGUGCUCGUGGGUAUUCCUGGAUGUCAUUCUCAACUUUCGCAUUCGGGUCGUUUAUGGAGGGAUCCUCUACCUGUGCUCCCUGUUGCUCGUUAUGCAGCAAAUGUACGGGGAUUACUGCCAACUUCCCCUGUGCGAACCGGAAAAGGAACACGAGGAAACUGUAUGA